AUGGAGGAGAUGAAUCAAAGCCAGCAGCACCAAAACUCAGCUAUCAAACCGAUCAUACCUAUUCGUUUCAUCGUCAAACUGGGAGGAGCAGCAAUUACUUGCAAAAAUGAGUUUGAGAAGAUAAAUGAAGAAGCUCUUGAAACGGUCUCAUUGCAGCUUCGACAAGCAAUGAUGUCAGGAUCUUCUUCUGGGAAGUCUCUGGGGAUGGAUUGGAGCAAACGCCCCGGGAUUUCAGAAACUCCUAGCGUUGAUGAGGAUUUCAGAGAUCAACCUGUUUUUGACUCUGGCAGUUUUAUUGUUGUUCAUGGGGCAGGUUCUUUUGGCCACUUUCAAGCUAGCAGAUCUGGGGUUCAUAAAGGAGGAUUGGACCAGCCUCUUGUCAAGGCUGGGUUUGUUGCUACACGUAUUUCUGUAAGAGAUACUAUUCUAAGCUUUAGUUGUAUGCAACUGUUUUAUCCUUCCUAUAUUGACACUGGACGGUCUAUAAUUGUUUGA